GAGCCCACCGAUGACGUCAGCCAUUGCAAGUGGAGGCGUAACCUCACCGGCGAUCGAGGAGGACUAAUGAGGGCGAAGAAUCCGCCUGCGAAGACCUGCUCGCUGUCGUCUCCUCUCCGCGUUCACCGAUCUGAUUCCUUUCUCCCUUGCUCCGCCGCCUCCCCGGUGAUGGGAUCCUCCGCCUCUUCGUAUCGUCUCCUCCUCCCCCUUCUCCUCUCGCUUCUUCUGCUCGGAUCGUCGUUCGGCCUGGCGGAUUCCGACUUCUUGGAUCCUUCUCGAGUAAUUGAGUUGUCGUGGAAUCCCAGGGCUUUCUUGUAUCAGGGAUUCCUCUCCGACGAGGAGUGCGACCAUCUCAUCUCUCUGGCAAAGGAUAAGUUGGAGAAAUCUAUGGUCGCGGAUAAUGAUUCGGGGGAGAGUAUGAUGAGUGAGGUGCGGACGAGCUCUGGCAUGUUCAUCGGAAAGAGGCAGGAUGAAAUUGUUGCAAGAAUCGAGAAGAGGAUUGCUGCUUGGACCUUCCUUCCAGAAGAAAAUGGCGAAUCCUUUCAAAUACUGCAUUAUGAGCAUGGCCAAAAAUAUGAGCCUCAUUUUGAUUUCUUUCACGAUAAAGCCAAUCAAGAACUAGGAGGUCAUCGAAUUGCCACAGUAUUAAUGUACCUAUCCAAUGUUCAGAAGGGUGGAGAGACCAUCUUUCCUUCUGCGAAGGGGAAGUUAUCUCAAUUGAAGGAUGACACCUGGUCAGACUGUGCAAAAAAUGGUUAUGCAGUAAAACCUUCAAAAGGUGAUGCCUUGCUGUUCUUUAGCCUACACCCUGAUGCGACAACAGACUCCGAGAGUUUGCACGGAAGCUGCCCCGUCAUAGAGGGUGAAAAAUGGUCCGCAACAAAAUGGAUUCAUGUGAGGUCUUUUGAGAGACCACACAAAACAAGCUCCAGCUCAGGGUGUGAAGAUGAGAAUGUUCUUUGCCCGCAGUGGGCCUUAGCAGGCGAGUGUGUGAAAAACCCUCAAUAUAUGGUAGGCACCAAGGAUUCACAUGGGUAUUGUAGGAAGAGCUGCAAUGUAUGCACCAUGUAGCUGGUUAUUAUUUAUUAUUCACUUGAUAAACUGUAAUCAAUAUUACCAUAAGGUGAACAAGAUUAUGUCUGUAUACAUGGCAUUUAUUCUAUAAUUCUGGUACGAUCGAUCUUUGAUGA